GGUGAAUCGGAAGUGACUUCUCCGCGCGUUCCUUUUGUGUGGUGAGCAAUAGGUUUCUCUCGCUCCAGUGCGGCAGAGCUAUAAGGAUCGACGAGAUGAAGCGAGCAAGGGUUCGAAGUCGAGCAAUGUAUGCCGGCUUUAUGGCUUGUUCGCUGCGAGCAGAUCACGAUGCUUUUUACAAAUCACCUGGGGAGGCUAGGCAGUAAAUCAGCGAUCGACGAGAGGAAACGACGGGUCCGCUGCAAGUGAGUCGUAAAGGGGAGGAGGGGUUCGAUACAGUAGGUACGUGCCGAUCUCGCAACUACGACAGAUGCAUCAUUCCCCAAGCCAUCGUAUGGAAGCAGAAGGGAAGAUGCGCCUCCUGCAAGCCAUCUCUAAUGCACCAAUUCGAUUGCACCAUAAGAGGCUUGACUCUUCUCUUCGGGGCGCUCAAGUCUUCAGCCGAUAGAAGCGAAACGGACAUUUUGAACGAGGGGAGAGAUGCUCCAAGGACCCUCGCGAGGCUCCAAUCCAGUCAGAUCCUGCAGAGACUGUUAUCUUCAUGCUCCGAUGGAUGAUGCAACUCAGCAAAGGCGUCGGGGUCGAAGCAGUGUCAGGCAUUCAAGCCAGACCGGGGUGCUCGAGGAGGUUCCAAGGGUACGGCACCAUGCACUCGGCGAGUCGCAAAGUGCAGGGACGACGAAACUAGACCAGGGUGCGAACAUUGGCUUGCUCGCUUGCUCGCUUCGCCCUACCGUACAGUACACUGUCAGCCGGCCACGAGCGGAUGCUCCAACUCAGUGCACCAAAGCAGAUUGGCCAGGGGGACAUUUGCAACACGCCAUUGCGUUCACAAUUGCAUCUUGAUCAGCCACAAUUUCUCUCUUCAUUUGCCCGCGAUGAGGUCGAUCGUCACAAGUCUCAAGUCGUGAGUCUGGAGUGUGGGCAGAAAGUCGCAUUAGCGUGACCAGCGCUUGAGAUCUGCUCUCGCAACGCUGCAACACGACUACCAUGAUCACUGAACAGCUUCCAUACACGGGAGCUGGUGCUCUCAUGCAGGAAGCCGAUAUCGAAGCUUAGGAUGCAUGUGUGCUGAAUGGACGGCAGCGGGGGGAAGGUGAGUGAGCGAAUCGAGUCGAGGUGUACAAUAGCAGCAGCAGGCGGGU